GUAGUUUCACAGGAAGCACUAGCAAACAAACAAAAGAGAGCGGAGAAGGGCAUCCCCUUCAGGGACUGUUCUGACGGAGCCCGCCCGGAUAGGAAGCGCACGCUGCCUGCCCUGCGCCGCCCGCCCGCCCGGCCGGCUCGGCGUCCGGAGGCCGCGUUCUCAGGAGAGGGGCCGGGCCCCUCCCGGCGGGAACCGGAUCCCAGGCUUCCCCGACGGCUCGCCCGGGAUGCCCCGCAGUGCCUGGGCUUCGGCGCCGUCUCACAGCCGCCGGGCGGCCCUGCAGGAAUCCGGAUGCAGGCCAAGGGCAGCAGCGCGCGGGACAUGCUGGACGCUGAUGCGGACACCACCACGAGCCUGCGUUCCGGAGCCUCUUCCGCAACCCAGCGGCCGGAGCCCAGGCGCACAGGACACCGGCCCUCUCCUGCUUGGCGCCCAGUGGCCCUGGUCCUGCUGACUCUGUCUCUGGUGCUGCUGACGGGCCUGGCGGCUCUGGGGCUUGUGUUUUUUCAGUUCUACCAGCUCUCCAACGCUCAGCAAGACAGCAUUUCUCAAAAGGAGGAAAGAUUGGGGAAUCUCUCCCGACAGCUGCAGUCUCUCCAAACCCAGAACAGGAAGCUCGCAGAAACUCUGCAUCACGUGGCUGAAAAACUCUGCCGCGAGCUCUACAACAAAACUGGAGAACACAGAUGCAGCCCUUGCCCAGAAAUGUGGAAGUGGCAUGGGGACAAAUGCUACCAGUUCUAUAAAGAAGGCAGGAGCUGGCAGGGCUGUGAAUAUUUCUGCAUUGCUGAGAACUCGACCAUGCUGAAGAUAAACACACAAGAAGUGCUGGACUUUGCCAUGCCCCAGAGCUACUCUGAGUUUUUCUACUCUUAUUGGACAGGGCUAUCCCGCAACGGCAGCGGCAAGGCCUGGCUGUGGAUGGACGGGGCCCCUUACUCCUCUGAACUGUUUGAGAUUACAAUAGAUUUCAGCAGCCUAAGAAGCAGGGACUGCGUGACCAUCCUCAACGGAAAGGCUUUCUCAAAGGACUGCCGUGAGCUGAGGCGGUGCGCCUGUGAGAGAAGGGCGGCCAGGGUGGAGCUGCAGGGGCUCCAGCCGCCUCUCUGAGGUUGGGGCCACGUGUUGCUGGGGUCACGUGGAGGUGAAUGGUUCUCCAGCGACAACUGCGACUUCUGACCCUCUGCAGAGAAACUGAAGACUCUGUUUUGCAGAACAAGGCAGUCUCGCUGCGUGCUCCUGGCAUAGCUGGGGUUUCAGUUCCCAUUUUCUCCCAUUGAAUCCCUGUUUAUACCUUUCAGGUACUGAAGAACUGAUAAUAAUAAAUGUAAAUAAUGUAAAAUGUGAUUCUAGAAUGGACUUGUGAUGGAGGGAAAAGUCGGCAUAAAGGUGCCCUUCAAAAGAUGAUACCAGCCAGUGUUGUGGUUGUGUGCGCCUCAUUGAGAGCUUGUAGGGAGUCUCAAGACUGCUGAGUAUUUCAUUAUUCCAGGAACACAGGAAGUCUUUGAGAUGCGUGCUGUCUUCAAGAGGGCGGUUUUAACAUUUUAAAUGUUACAUCUUUCCAGGCACGCUUAUGUCACCAACUCGUGGCUAAAGAUGAGUGGUCCAGACUGCAGUGAGUUAUCCAAUCAGGUCACGGCAAGUGAAGGGUAACCGACAUCUGCACCCAGGAUGCACAGCUGGCUUCUUGCGCAGGGCUCCUUCCUCAGGGUGGCCACACACACAAGUAUAACGGGAAUGAUCGCAAGUGACACCAUCACAGACACUGACUUCGCUGGCUUAUGGAUAAAUCAAUUUUAGGAAAAUCUGUUCUAGUUAUUUUAAUUAUUUUCAACAGUGCAAAGUGGGAUGCUUCAGUUUCAUUUUCAGUAAAAAUCUAUCUCUUAGUGAAAUGAUAUUAAAUUAGCAAAUAAAUGAUAAAAAGAA